AUUGAACCCCCUUCCUGUCCUUAUCCUCUUUGUCCUGUCCUUCACAUUCAUCCGCACUCCUCCUGCUCCUCCUCAUUCAUUCCAUUCCGUUUCUUCUUGGCACAUUUCCCUCCUCCAUUUCAUCCAUCGCUGAUCCCUGUCUCCACAAGACUGAGUAGUCUCCGCUAUGAACCUCGCCCGUCCACGUGGCGCCCAUUACGAGAUUCUGGCUGCAGACGACGACCAGGAUUAUAACGAGUUGCAGUCCGUCCUCACCUCAGACCAACUUGACCAGCAGCUGCAAGCUUCUGCACAAACCUCCUCGUCUUUGCUCCAAAAGAGACCUUCGCCUUCGCACUACCUCGGUGUUACCGACAACUCCUACGACGAUGACAACGACAACUUCGACGACGACGACUGGGGCCACUACUCGUCCUCCUCCGAUAAUGAAAAGCCGUACCUCCGUACCAACCCUCGCUCGAGUCGCAUGCCUGACUCACCCAAUGCGCUCUUCCCUGACCAGCCCAAGCUGACACGCUGCAACCGUGUCUUUCUAAGCAUCUUUGCCAUAUUUAUUGUCGUCUGGGUCUCUUUUGCACUCUAUCUCGGCAUUGGUCGACUAGUCAAGCUGUCGCAGGAGGGUAUGGCCAACAUGCAGCCGUCCUUUCAGUUUGAGGAUAUGUUCAAUCAGUCUUUUGCCCCGAAGUACCAAAGCCUUGCUUGGAUGCCAUAUGGUGACGAUGGCGUGUACUCUCGCAUUAAUGCCGCCGGUGACAUUAUCUUGACCAAUGUUGAUGGUUCUGAACCCAAGGUCUUCCUUCCGGGUGCCAAUGUCACCGAUGCUCGUGGAAAACGAAUUCCCUUCUUCUCUUUCUUCGUCUCUCCCGAUGAGAAGUAUGUUCUGCUUGGCACCGACCGUCGCAAGCAAUGGCGCCACUCCUUCAAUGCCAGCUACUACAUUUACAGCAUGGAAAAUUACCAACUUACACCACUUUUGGAAUCGGCAGGCGAACCAGGAGUAGAGCAUGUCGCAUGGAGUCCUGUGGGCCACAGUUUGGCCUACGUUCAGAACAACAAUUUGUAUAUAUAUCAGGAUUUGGUCCACCGCCAUCAGAUUACCUUUGACGGCGCUGUCAGCAUUUUCAACGGCAUUACUGAUUGGGUUUACGAAGAGGAGGUAUAUGCGUCGCCUUCGGCAUUAUGGUGGUCGCCAGAUGGAACUGCAAUUGCGUUCCUGCGCUUUGACGAGACUGAAGUCCCCGAGUUCCACUACUCCCUCUACAUGGACAACCAGAUCAACGCGCCAGCUUAUCCCCGGGAUGUUGUGAUGAAGUAUCCAAAGGUCGGGUUUCCCAAUCCUAUUGUGAAUCUUCACAUGUAUAACCUGAAGUCUGCCCUCGUACCCACCACGGCACAUCCGCUAGAGCCCAUUGUCCUGGACGGAAUCUUCGAGCCCAAGGACAGAAUUAUUGCUGAGGUCAAGUGGGCGACAGAGGGCUCAGACGCGCUCCUGGUGAAGGUCCAGAAUAGGGUGCAAAACCACGAAAAGCUCGUCCUUGUGAACCCAACCACGCUGACAGGCAAGGUGGUCCGUGAAUGGAACGCCGGCAUAGAAGAUGGUGGCUGGAUCGAUAUGCAGCAGAGCAUUCGCUACGUGGCCCCGUCCAAGUCUGUACCUGAAGGAGGAUAUCUUGACAUUGUCAACAACAAUGGAUACAAUCACAUUGCGCUCUACACACCCAUUGACAAUCCCGCACCGAAGUGGCUCACCUCUGGAGAGUGGGAAGUCCAGUCAAUUGCAGCUGUCAAUGGAAAGGAGGGUCUGGUGUACUACAUUUCGACCGAGAAGUCUAGCCUUGAGCGUCAUUUGUACAGCGUUACCUUGGACUCGGCAGAUCGGAAGUCACUGACUGACGUGACCCUGCCUGGCUACUAUACAGCCUCGUUCUCGACCGGUGCAGGAUACUACCUCCUGUCUUAUCGGGGGCCUGACGUACCAUGGCAAAAAGUCAAGAAGUCAGUUGACGAAAAAUUUAUUAGCGAUGUGGAGGACAAUGCCGUCCUCCGUGCUCUCCUGAACGCGACCCAGGUUCCUACCAGACGUUGGUCGACCGUGAAUCUGAAUGGCAGAGAAUGUAACUACAUGGAGUUUUUGCCUCCUGGAUUUUCGCCCGAACAAAAACAUCCUGUUUUGUUCCAAGUCUAUGGAGGUCCGGGUUCGCAGCUGGUUGAUACCCAAUUCCAGUUGGGGUUCAGCGCUGUCAUGUCCACUAUCGAGCGGCUCAAGUAUGUCGUGGUGGUCGUCGAUGGUCGUGGCACGGGGUAUCGCGGUCGCGAUUUCAGAAUCAGCGUCGUCAACCAACUCGGCAAAUUUGAAGUCGAGGACCAGAUCGCUGCUGGCAAGCAUUGGCAGACUCUAUCUUACGUUGAUCCAGACCGAGUUGCUAUCUGGGGCUGGUCGUAUGGAGGGUUCAUGGCCGCCAAGAUCACGGAAGCGAACAGCGGGGUCUUCAGAGCGGCCAUGUCUGUAGCUCCAGUGACGGACUUCCGCUUCUAUGAUUCUGUCUACACCGAGAGAUAUAUGAACCUGCCUACGACCAACCUGGACGGCUACGAGACGACUGCAGUGACCAAUAUGACCGGCUUUGAGAACUCGGACUUCCUCCUAGUGCAUGGCACUGGUGAUGAUAACGUUCAUGUCCAGAACGCGUUCGUACUCAUUGACCGUCUUACACUGGCAGGCAACCACCGAUACAAAUCGCAUUUCUUCACAGAUAGCGACCACGGCAUUCGGGCCCACAACGCCAACCACGAGAUCUACUGGUUGCUCGCAGAGAAUCUCUGGGAGACCAUGGGCGGGUUCGUAUCACCCGCUCAUCACCAUUAGACGUACACAAUAAUUUGCAGGCCCAAUAAAAUAACUCUGACGGUCAGCGGUGACUGGUUCAAUACGAUAAUGCUGUGGUGUAAACGAAGUUCAGCA